AUGUUACGCAGUAAAAAUUAAGCAAAUUAAUUAAUUAGCAUUUAGAUGCUUAUAAAAAGCAAAAUAAAUCUCUCUUUGUUCUUGCUCUAUUUUUACUUUGUUCUCUCUCCUCAAUUAUCAAGAGAGAAGAUAAAAAUAUAUGGAGGGUGAUCAGGAUAAACAACCAUCAGGAUCUGAGAAACGUAGAACCAUUCAUGACUAUGCUCAGUUGGGGGAUCUUGAGGGGUUUCAGAAGCUACUUCAGGAUAAUCCAUCUCUUCUCAAAGAAAGAAAUGCAUUUAUGUUUGAGACACCCCUUCAUGUUUCUGCUAGUAACAACAAGACAGAAAUAGUGAAAUUUCUGCUUGAUGAAUGGAAAGGAAAUGAUAAAGUUGACUUGGAAGUGAAAAAUAUGCAUGGAGAAACUCCAUUGCAUGUAGCAGCCAAGAAUGGAUGUAAUGAAGCUGCAAAAUUACUACUUUCUCAUGGUGCUCUCGUUGAAGCCAAAACUAAGUAUGGAGUGACACCAUUAAAUCUUUCUAUUUGUCACUCAAUUCUAGCUGAAGACUGUUCAAUUGUGGAGACAUUGCUUGAGAACAAUGCAGAUUGUGAUGCUAUAGAUGAUGAGGGCCUGACUCCUGUAGAUCAUCUUUUAAAAAUCCAAGUAAGUGGGAAGUUGUAUGAUUUAUUAAUCUCUCAUCAAGAAAAGCAACGAAAUAAGAAGUUACAUGAAACAUGCAAGAACCAGAAAGAAAAGAUGGAUACCCUCGAAAAAGAGCUAUCAAAUAUUGUGGGUCUGGAUGAACUCAAGAUGCAACUACGGAUAUGGGCAAAGGGCAUUCUUUUGAAUGAGAGGCGUAAGGCAAUGGGACUAAAAAUUGGCACUGUUGGAAGACUUCCUCACAUGGCUUUUCUAGGAAAUCCUGGAACAGGCAAGACUAUGGUGGCUCGAAUCCUUGGAAGACUACUCCAUAGUGUGGGAAUUUUGCAAACUGACAGAGUAAAAGAAGUUCAACGGGCAGAUUUAGUUGGUGAAUAUGUUGGUGAAACUGGAUAUAAGACCAGGAACGUGAUCAAAGAAGCAGAGGGAGGUAUACUUUUUGUGGAUGAAGCCUAUCGACUGGUGCCAGAGGACAGAAGUCCUUGUGACUAUGGGCUAGAAGCCUUGGAAGAGAUCAUGUCUAGUAUGGACAAUGGAAAAGUUUUAGUCAUAUUUGCAGGCUACAAUGAAGCAAUGCAACUUGUGAUAUCUUCUAAUGAAGGUUUCAGCAGAAGGGUUACAAAAAUUUUCAAGUUUGAAGAUCUGAGUUGUGAAGAAUUAGCUAAUAUUCUCCAUAUCAAGAUGAAUAAUCAAGCGAAGGAUAGCUUGUUUCAUGGGUUUAAAUUACAUUCUUCUUGUAGUAAGGAGGCUAUUGCAGAGCUAAUAGAGAAAGCAACAACGAAAAAGCAGCGAAUGAAAAUGAAUGGAGGUUUAGUGGAUAUAAUGUUGAAUAAUGCUAAGGGGAAUCUGGAUCUUAGGAUUGGUGAUGAUUGUGCAGAGAGUGAAGAAUUGCUUACCAUCAAAUUAGAGGACUUUGAAGCAGCUAUGAGAUUAUUACCCCAAUAGAUGUUUGAACGUUAUUGUGCUUUGGAGUGUAUCAGCUGAAGUUUUAAUUUGUAUUUUCAAUAAUUAUUUCAAGUGUUUGGGAUGAUGAAA